AUGUUUGGAUAUGUUUUAAGAAGAAUGACCAAUCUCAGAUUUAACUUCUGUAGUUUGAAUAGAUAAAAUCAAGCUAAAACUAAUAUGAAAUCAGCCUCUACUAAUUAUUCAUAUACUUUUGAUGUAAUUAAUCAUUAUGAUUAAAUUACCAAAAUUAAAGGAAAAGGAGCUAUUGUAUCACUUAUGCCUUGUUAUGUAAAUUAAAAUAUAAUGUAGCCUCAAUAUUAAGUAACUAAAUAAGGUUCAGUAGUUGUAAAGAUGAAAUAUACAAGAAAUUAUAUUUAUUUAUGGAGAUUUUAACCUAUAGCAGAUAUUGGAAAAGAAGUAAUGAAGAAAUUCAUUAAUAUUAGGUUAAUAAUAAGGAAUCUUUAAAUUUCCCAAUUAGCUAUGAAAGUUGUGGGUAUAUCUUAGAUUUAUAUGAUGAAAUAUCAACAAGCCCUGAAAUAAAAUUAGAAGAAUAGACUAUAAAGGGAAAUUUGACAUUUACUGUUUAAAUUGAUUAUCCAAAUAAAGCAGUUCGUAUCUCAUUAUAAGCAAUUGCUUAAUAAUAGUAAUAAUAACAAUAACAGUAAUAAUAGUAAGAUUAGAAAUAUGAAGUUCAAAUAGCUUUGGCACAUUUUAAAUUGAUUUGUGAAUAAAUGAAAGUAUUUAUUUAUUAUUAAUUGAUAGUAAGGUCUACCUUUAGUGACAGGAUGGAUAAUUCCUGAAAAAUUUCUGUUUUAAAUUAACAAAGAACAAUAAGAAUGA